AUGAAGUUGUUUUGGCUUCUAUUAGCAACACCCGGCGUCUUCGCGUGUGACAAAGAGCACAGGUUUCGUCGUCAUGACCGACACAUACAGCGCCGCUCGGUCAAUACUACGUUCCCACCAGUAUUGACUGAUCACGAGAGAAUAUUGGUAUCAACUUUCGACAACGCUUCGAUAUCGGAGUGGUCGCGACAUUAUAGUGGGUCAACCCACAAAAGGAAUGUCGCAGGUGAAAGCGAUGCUGCUCCUCGCUGGACAGCCGAGCAAUGGAAGAAGCAUGGGUUUUCAACGAGACUAGAUGAAUAUCAUGUCUACCUGAACUAUCCUGUCCACCGUUCUCUUGAACUCAAAUACAGCAACGGAAGCAGCUAUGUACCGACGCUGGAGGAAGAGGUUCUCGAAGUAGACGAAGUUACCGGGGAUCCAGAUCACGUCCCUGCCUUCCACGGGUAUUCUUUUUCUGGAAACGCGAGUGCAGAAUACGUAUAUGUUGGUCGUGGUCAACGCGAAGACUUCCAACGUCUGAAGGACCUGGGAAUCGAUCUGGCCGGCAAGAUCGCGCUCGCAAAAUACGGCGGUCCGUUCCGGGGUCUUAAAGUGAAGAACGCGCAAGAGCAUGGGAUGGUUGGCGCCAUCAUAUUCACUGAUCCUGGUGAUGACCGGAAUAUGACGGCACAGCACGGUUUCAAGCCAUAUCCGGACGGACCGGCGCGCAAUCCCACAAGUAUCCAAAGAGGUAGCGUAGCAUUUUUGAGCACAUACCCGGGCGAUCCAACUACACCUGGCUAUCCAUCAAAAGAGGGCUCACCGAGACUGGAGAAAAGGACUGUGCCUAGUAUCCCAUCGCUUCCUAUAUCCUGGAUAGAAGCAAAACCAUUAUUGCAAGCUCUGAAUGGCCAUGGUCUGCAAGCGGCGGAAAUUGCACGUCCCAAUUGGCAAGGGGCAAUACCAGGAGUCGAAUACAGCAGCGGCCCGGUUUUCGGCACGAGCUUGACAGUCAAUAAUGUUAUGGAAGACGAGAUAGGACAGAUUUGGAAUACCAUUGGCAUUAUCAACGGAACCAACGAAGACGAGGUGGUGAUUGUCGGUAAUCAUCAUGACGCGUGGAUGAUUGGAGGCGCAGCCUCAGCGGACCCACAUUCUGGAUCGGCAAUCUUGGUUGAGCUUGCAAAAGCUUUUGGAUCCCUACUUGAGACAGGGUGGAAGCCGCGGCGUACGAUUGUCCUUGCUAGUUGGGAUGCAGAAGAAUAUGGAUUAGUGGGAAGUACCGAAUGGGUGGAGGAGUACAUACCCUGGCUGAAGGAUGCCGCAGUCUCGUACUUGAACAUUGACGUUGGUGUUGCGGGUACCAUACCUGACUUCUCUGCGACCCCAGAUCUUCACGCGCUCGUCACCUCUGUCGCAGAGAAGGUAAGAUGGCCCCAUGGUAAAGACCGGACUUUGUACGAUUUAUGGGAAGAGAAGACUGGAGAGAUUGGUGUUUUGGGCGCUCAAAGCGACUACACGGCCUUUGUGCACCGGAGUGGGAUUGCUGCCCUUGAUAUGGGUACCACGCGUGGCCCACUGGAUCCAAUUUACCAUACGCAUUCAAACUUUGACUCUUUCCAUUGGAUGUUAAACUACGCGGAUCCCGGAUUCCUGAUGCACAAAGCCAUCGGCCAGUUUCUCACGCUGAUGGUUUUCCAUUUGGCAGACGACGAAAUACUCCCACUAGAGCCAUCCAACUAUGGGCCUGAGAUGCGCGGAUACUUCAGAGAUCUGGAGCAAUUGUUACACAGCGAGAAUUCCAGCACGGAAACAGACCUAUCGCUGCUUGAAAACGCCAUCACUGCCUUUGAAAUCGCAGCGCAAGAUUUCGAUUUACGUCGUCAUCAGGCUGCUUUCAAUGGAUCCGAGUUGCUACGUGAACUCAAUGGCAAAGCGCGUGACUUCUCACGUGGAUUCGUUAGUCAAGGCGGGCUUCCGGAUCGCAAGUUCUACCAACACCUCAUCUUUGCUCCAGGUAUAGACACAGGCUAUGCCCCCGUAACCUUUCCCGGCAUUACGGAAGCAGUACUCGCUGGCGACUUGAGCUUGGCUCAAGAGUUUGUUGAUCGGACAUCGAGUGCAAUUAUAACGGCAGCAAAUCUCCUGCGCAAGUAG